AUGGCCUUCAGUCCUUUCUUCUGGCUCUACGCCGUUCUCCAAUGGAUUCUUGACAAGAUCUUUUCACCAUACCCACCACCUCCUAACGCGCACCUCCGUCGUCCUAAAAUCGCAGUGAUUGGUGCCGGUCUGACCGGUGUCUCCGCGGCAGCUCAUUGCGUCGGCCAUGGCUUCGAGGUGACUAUAUUUGAAGCCGAUGAUGAAAAACACGUCGGAGGGAUAUGGACACAUGUGAACACGACAUCUGGUCUCCAGAUCCACAGUGUCAUGUAUCGAUUCCAUCCUUCUGUCCAAUGGAGUGGGGGAUACCCGAAGCAACACCAGAUUGUUGAUCAAGUCCAGCAGUUGUGGCACAAGUACGAACUCGACCAGAGAACGAUCUUCAAUACAAAGGUCGAGAAAGUCUACAAAGACAAUCAAGGACGCUGGAUCGUCAACAACACCUCGAAUGGCCGGUUUGAUGGAAUCAUACCGGCAAUCGGAACCUGCGGGGCUCCAAAGAUGGCUCAUUUGCCUGGCCAAGAGUCCUUCAAGGGAGACAUUUUCCAUUCCUCGGCCUUGGACGGCAAAGAUGCGAGAGGGAAAAGAAUCCUCAUUGUUGGAGGCGGCGCAAGUGCGGUCGAAGCGUUGGAAUGGGCUGUCAACACAGGAGCCGCAGAAAUCAAAGUGCUGGCAAGAUCUGACAAGUGGAUUAUUCCCCGGAACGCUCUCGUGGAUGCACUUCUUGCCUUCAAUAUAUUCGGCCAGGAAACCCUGCUGUCAUGGAUUCCUGAGAACUUGCUGCGCUUAUUCUUCUACCGCGAUCUCAGAGAUAUAGCGCCGGCAGAUCAAGGUCUGUUCACAGAAACCCCCAUGGUCAAUUCAGAGAUCUUCAAGCAGAUACGUGCUGGAAAAGCAUCUUGGUUACGAGGGGACAUUGAGGAGGUCCGCGAAAAUGGCAUCUUCUUCAAUCACCGGGCAAAGGGUGUACCUAAAGGAGGGCCCGGACGGCAUAAACUGGUCGAGGGGGAUAUGAUCAUCAUGGCGACUGGUUACAAACGUCCAAGCCUUGACUUUCUGCCCGACGAAGUCUUCGCCGACGGCUACCAGCCACCACGAUGGUUCAUACAAUGCUUUCCACCCGCGGCGCCUUCAAUUUGUGCAAUCAAUUCGACCUAUGUGUCGGCUAUCGGGACUGUUGGCAAUUAUCACAUCGGAAUCUACACGCGAAUGCUCCUGAUGUUCCUCGUCGACCCUCUGACGACACCUCGCACUUGGUGGAUGAAGCGAUGGGUGGACUUUACCAGCACGAUAAAGUUAUUGGCUCCGACCAAAGCGUUCGACUUCUUCACCUACUCCGAGCUGCUCUACUGGUUCUGCUUCAUCACGCUGAUCAACCCGUUCAGAUGGAAGUGGGCGCUCUUCGUGUUUUUCGGUAUUGGGAAAAAUUUGCCCGCCAGCAUCGUGGAGCAAGAAGACAAGCUAAGGAACGGACUGGGAUUCAGUAAAGACAACCAUUAUGAUUAA